AGCAGAAAAUGACAAUUUUACAUGCAAUAGGAGAAAGGAACAUGCUUUAUACAAAAAAGCUUUGGACGUAUUGGCGGUAAAUUUAAAUAACGCCCAAGCUCAAGAUCUUCUUUCCGGUUUUAAAACAUAUGUUACUGCCAUAACGCAACCGGAUGCCUACGUACCAACUGGUUGUUCACAAGCUAUGAACGAGAAGUCUUCUGAAGGUGUCAUUAAUUUCUGGGCAAUGAUAGAGAAAAAGUAUAAUGAAGAAAGAAUCGAAAAAGAACGCCAACGACAUGUAACAGACAUCCAACAUCGAGAUCUUGUUGAUAUAUUCCAAUCCUGUGGCGAUAGACAAGAUGAGCCAAAUCAAAGUACUUAUUUGCGAAAAAGAAAAGAAGUAGAUUAUAAUGAAGAUCGGAUGUCAAAAAGGGUUUAUCAUGAUGGUGAUAUUACGCCAUCUCCAUGUAGUUUGACAGAUAAUUCUCUUUUUGAGACACCUCAACACCUUCCAAGUGCCAGUAAUAAAUCCAACAACAAUGAACCUGAUGAUUUUACCUCAGGUGAAGAAGUUGAGGAAGUUAUAGAUGACUGGAUAAAUUAUUAUUUUGAUAAUCUCGAAAAACAAGUGAAAAUAGAAUCUAAAGUUCAAUGGAAAGUUGGUGAGAUUAAUGUCACGAAAAAAUUUAGACAGUUUCAAAACGACCUUCUUUAUGACAUAAAACACGGUAUUAAAAAACUAACAUGGCAUGAUACUUUUGAUCUACUGGCUUUGUCGUCAAUCAUAGUUCUGGAUUGGCCCUGCCCGUAUAAUACUUUUACAGCUGACGAGUGGCUUGAAAUAACCGAUAAUAACCCAUUUAAGUUGACCGAACCAGUAUUAAAUGCUGACUUAACAACGCUAUUACAUGAUGCCACUUUCAAAAAAUCGUUAGGCCUAAUUACUGAUUUUAUAGGUAUAAAUGAUAACAGUAAGCGUAGUCAUUUAGCGAAACAAAUUUUCUAUGGAUUAGCUGAUGAUGUUCCAAUUGUAGCCCCACGCAAAACAUCCGAAGAUGAACAUAGGUUUCGAUACCUAGAUCCUUUUCUUAAAAUAUUUGGUGGUCCUUAUAAAAAUUAUAAAUUGAGAUUGAAUCGUACUGUCAAUGGGAGCCAAAAGAGGCCGGAUUUUUCAUGCGUUGUGGAUGAUGUGCCAAUCCUUAAUUCUGAAGUAAAACCCAUUGGUUAUACGGAACUACAAAGAGAUAAAGAUUAUGUUAAAGUCAAUUUUAGGGCAAAGAAGACUAUAAAUACUUUGAUCAAGAAUGGAGGUGUUCCUGAUCAAACGAUAUUUUUUAUUAACAUGGGCAACACUGUCGAGUCAUUUAUAAUGGAUCUCGAAUUCGAAGGAAUAUAUCGAUCCUGGCCUUUUCUAAAAACCAAUCUUAUAACUGAUAGACAGACUCUUCCACUUCUUGCUCAAACAUUGUCUCACUUUAUUGCAUUGGAGGAACGUGUCAAUAAUUUGGCAGGAGAUUAUAAGUGUCGAACAAGAUCCUCCAAACCAACUAAAAAAGAUAAUUUUAUUAGAGACUUACCUGAUUCUCCUCAACUGAAAAAGUUAUUGAAAUGA